AUGUAUUUCGAGUGUUUGAAUAAUACUCCGAAGGACUAUAUUUCAGAUCUGACCCUAAUUGACGACACUCUGAAUGUUAUUGUUACUGCUUGGGAUGGAACUUUGACCCUGUAUGCUUGCGAUGCCAACGAGCAGUUAUUGACGAUGAAGCACGAUCACGGGCUAUUAUGUUCUACCAGUUCCUCAGGAGGAAGAAUAUUCGUAGGGUCAGUGCAAGGCGAAGUUUUGGAAGUCGAUAUGGAAUCUGGAAAGUUCAGGCUGGUUUGUGAUGACAGUCAGCUGGGGGUUUGUGCCAUAAGUACAGCUGGAAACCAUCUGGUAGCAGGUUCCUGGGAUGGAAGCAUCCAGGUCAUCGAUCUGAAGACAGGCAAAGUGUGGUACAACAAGAAGUUUGAAGAUAGGAAAGUGUUAGCCCUAGAUUGCAACGAAAGCAAGAUAGUAGUCGCAUAUACAGGUGGGAAACUGGCAGUAUACGACGUCAAAAACAUGAAUAUACCGGUGGUACGAGAUUCUGGACUCAAAUUUCAAUGCCGAGAUCUCAAGAUCAUGCCUUCCGGCGAUGGCUACGCACAAAGCUCUGUGGACGGCAGGGUUGCCAUAGAGUACUUUGAAGAUGAAUCCUCGCGAUUUGCAUUCAGGUGUCACCGUAUGAACUUGUCAGAUACACAGUUUGUGUUUCCCGUAAACACGCUGGCAUUCAGCUCCCGGGAACACCUUUACACAGGAGGGUCAGAUGGCAGGGUUUUUGGUUGGAACUUGAAGACCCGCAAAAAGUCUGAGGAACUACCCAAAUUCGACGAAAGCGUGGUUAGAGUGGUCACAAAUAAAAAGGUUUUAUGUGUUGCCACGGCCGAUGAUUCCUUCAAAACUUCUGCUACUGUACAAGGCGUCGAAAUAUCCCCUGGCCAGAUCUAUUUUACAAAAUUAUGA